GUGAUGGAGCUGAAGGCCAGUGCCGCGGAGUAGCGGAGGCGAGAGGGUGUGCGGGCUGGACGGUGUGGCCCGAGGGCUUGGGCCUCGGGGUACUUGGGCGCCGCCGGAGGGUGCGGAGAGAGCCUAGGAUAGCCGUCCGCCACCACGCUCCGGCAUGUCGGCCGAGGCCUCGGGCCCGGAGGCGGCCGAGGCCCCGUCUCUGGAAGCGCCUAAGCCCUCGGGUCUCGAGCCUGGCUCCGCCGCCUACGGUCUGAAGCCGCUGACCCCGAACAGCAAGUACGUGAAGCUGAACGUGGGGGGCUCGCUGCACUACACCACGCUGCGCACCCUCACCGGACAGGACACCCUGCUCAAGACCAUGUUCAGCGGCCGCGCAGAGGUGCUCACCGAUGCGGGAGGUUGGGUGCUGAUUGACCGGAGCGGCCGCCACUUUGGUACAAUCCUCAACUACCUGCGGGACGGGUCCGUGCCACUGCCCGAGAGCACCAGAGAGCUGGGGGAGCUGCUCGGCGAAGCGCGCUACUACCUGGUGCAGGGCCUGGUUGAGGACUGCCAGCUCGCACUGCAGCAAAAAAGGGAGAACCUGUCCCCGCUGUGCCUCAUCCCCACGGUGACCUCUCCCCGGGAGGAGCAGCAGCUCCUGGCCAGCACCUCCAAGCCCGUGGUGAAGCUCCUGCACAACCGCAGUAACAACAAGUACUCCUACACCAGCACUUCAGAUGACAACCUACUUAAGAACAUCGAGCUGUUUGACAAACUGGCCCUGCGCUUCCACGGGCGGCUGCUUUUCCUCAAGGAUGUACUGGGGGACGAGAUCUGCUGCUGGUCCUUCUACGGGCAGGGCCGCAAAAUCGCCGAGGUGUGCUGCACCUCCAUUGUCUAUGCGACGGAAAAGAAGCAGACCAAGGUGGAAUUCCCAGAGGCCCGGAUCUUUGAGGAGACCUUGAACAUCCUGAUCUACGAGACUCCCCGGGGCCCAGACCCAGCCCUCUUGGAGGCCACAGGGGGUGCAGCUGGAGGUGGUGGGGCAGGCCGAGGGGAGGAUGAGGAGAACCGAGAGCACCGUGUCCGCAGGAUCCAUGUCCGGCGCCACAUUACCCACGACGAGCGUCCUCAUGGCCAACAGAUUGUCUUCAAGGACUGAUCUUUGACCUUUCUCCCUGUUUUCCUCUUGCCACUGGAACCCAGUUCCUCUCUCUUUCCCUCCCUUUCCCAUACCUUUGCCCCGGCUUUGCUGGCCAAGUCGUGGGCCCUCCUGUCCCUUCAUUGCAUGGUACAGUUCACUGUAGCCCUUUUCCAUUCAUUCCCGCCUCACUGCUAACAGCAGCCCCCUCCCUAGGUCAGAGCCCUUCAGAAGGCCUGCAUUUGUUCCCUUAUCCCAUUCUUGUCCUGCUCUUCCCUCACCAGCUGGUUUAGAGUGAUUUAGAACUCUCUCUCUCUCUCUCUCUCAGCACAUUGUACAUGCCAAAGUGUCAAGCCAGCCUUUCCUGCCAUCCACCAUGUUCUGAGCCACCUCUCCACUGUUGUGCAGGGUAGUUUCCCUCCCUCCUCCUUCCCCCACCAGCCCCCCACCUCCUUAACUUUGUACUAGGCUGGACUGGGCUUGCACCAGCUCAGCCAUCUUCUCAAUCUGUUUCAUAUUAUUUAUUUUAAUUUUCUAUUAAAUUAUUGGAAUAAAGUUGA